GUAUGCGUCACAGGCGGGCUUUCUAAUAUUAAUGGAAAACGUGGAGUCACGAAUUACUGAUAAAAGUAAAUACCGGCCAGCUAAUUAACUGCCUAAUAGAAUAUGUACUAGAUUCUCACUUAAAGCCCGAUGAGGCAGAGGAAGGAGAGGUCAACGAUUUGUCUGACCAAGAAGAUAAUGUCUCAGACUUUUCGAGUAAUAGCGGUUCAUCAAAGUCUUACAACAACCCAUCACCAAAGCAUGGAGAUGAGAGCUGUACGUCAGAAAUGUCACAAAACGGGGGAUCAUCACUUUCUACGCUAAAUAUACCAUCAGUACAUCAUAUCCAGUCCCAUAAAAGUAGACCUGUCAAAAUAACGGAUACUGCCAAUGUGUCAAAGAAAACAAAUACAAGUCCUGCUAAUACCAAAUCAGAAGUUCGUGGUCAAACUUCGUCUCAUGAAAACCAAACAACUAAGUUGCAGUCUAUAGUCAAUUGUGCUAGGGCUUCAGGUCCACAAAUAUUGUCGGAGCAGGUUGAACCAUUUCAUACCUCAAUGUCUGUUAAGUCAACUAAACAUCUUCAGGGUCUACGGGACUUAGAAAAGGUGCAGCUACAGAUGCAACUAGAGGUUGCAACUAAUCAAAAUGAACAUAAUCAUACUUCUACUCCCUAUCCCAGUUCCUCUCAACAAGUACAUCAGAGUGUGUUUCCUGGUUUUGUCCCUGGUGGGACAUCAAAACUAGCACGAAAUUCUGUGCAAAGGGUUGCUUCUGUUAAAGCUGUUUCCGAAAACAUUAACGGUGAUAAUCGUUUUGGUUUGUCCGGCUCUUGGCAGGUAGCCAUUCCUCCUUCAUCUGCAUUAGGUUCUCAACAAGAAAUUGAAAAGAUGCAUAUGAUGUAUCAGAAAGCCUGUCAACUUUAUCAGCGUGCUGUAGCUACUAUUGGAUCAACACCUAAUGUCAGCAUCCAACCCCCACCUUUCGGCACUCCUAUUGGUUCUCCUCCUUCAAUAUCUCUCCAAUCAUUUCCACCGACUCUGAUGCCUGUUACUGCCGUUGAACGUCCAGCAUCUGUGUCUCCGUCCAAAUUCAUCCCGGCGUCUCAACUUCCUCAUGACGUUCUCAGAGAUGUACCUAAUCAAUGCAUUGGUCAAAAUCCUCAUACACCGGCAAUUAUUCCUAAUCACGCACAGUCAGCUAGUAUACAGACUGCUUAUUCGAUGGCAUAUUCUUCCGCCUAUCAAGAGACUUUAAAGUUUAUGUCUAAUAAUACCGGGAGUAACUUAGCCCCUAAUACACAGGAAUACACAUCUCAGUGGCAUCGCUAUUUUAAUCACUAUCUGAAUUAUUAUUUACAAGUUCAUAAUUAUACACCUACGCUAUCUAGUGAACAACAACCAGUUUUCUUCCCUCCCACUGGAUUACCACCUCCCCCUAGCAUUGCAUCCUCUGUAAGUUGCAGUUUUGUAUAUAAACGCUGCGUUAUUCUACCCGUGAUAUAUAUAUAUAUAUAUAGACCUUGAUAAUUCAUCAGUGUUGUGUCUUAACGAUUGAUCUAUAUCAUUUGCUAAGUUUGCCAGUCAGAGUUGUGGUAUUUUCUCUACCCACGCCUAAUAUUACGUUAAUGACCGUCUUAGGUUUUGACCAACGCUAUAAUGCGUUCUAACCAACACAAUUCGUCUUGAGCUAACGUAUUUUAACUCUUACUGAUUCUCCAAUAUGCAUCGUUUGCUAUCCCUAACCCUAAGUCCAAAGGGAAAACGAGUCAAACUAUUAUAUCAUAUUCCAACCAUCACAACUCAGGAAUUAUCCCAAGCAUUCAUUGGCUUAUACACACAAGGAAUUGGGUUGCAGUGCACCAUAAAAUAAAAAAAAUCGUAGUUUAAACACGUGCCAAAAGUGGCAGUGAAGACGGGCAAAUUGUAGGUAGUCGAUUGAUAACAGUUUAGGAAUAAUUAGACGUAUGGCGAUGGUUAGUGAGUCAAAUGGAAGUUUACAAUAAGCAUAAUAUAGAUAUGCAAUUAUACAGUCAUCUACUUACUGUACAAUAAAAAUAUGAACAAUAAUAGUUCGAAAAACAGUCCCGAACCUCAUGUUUUAAUGUUUACUUCACUGCAAGACUAAGCAACCGACUAUAGUUGUUGUUUUCCAUCAACUAACAUCUUUUGUGCCGUCUUAGGAAGCUUUUCCACAUUUGUUCAAUUCAAGUUGAACCAUCAUUUUCCCUCCGUUGCUGCUUCGACUUUAAAUAAAUGCCAUUUUACUUUUAAACAUUGAUUAACUGCAUUUGGUCCUUUUUCUUUAAUUUUAGCAAAAUAUAUUUGACAGUUUCGAACUUUCUAGGCGUAUGAUUUAACAUAAAAAAUUCUGCCAGAUUAUAACAUCAAAAAGUGUUAUUGUUGUGUAAUAAUUCUGUUAUUACUUGUUAAGCGUAUAGUACUUUUUGACGUAUAACUAUGAAUUUUUGCUUAAUGAUAAGUCAUAAAAUUAGUGAUGAUUUGGUGAUUUAUGCACUCAAAUUUCAGUCAUAAAAUCAUAGGUCUAAGUCUUAUCCCUUCUAUUUCGCUACAGUAACCACUUUCUGUUUAUAGUUUCCAAAAGCUCCAAGUACAGGAAUUGGUAAUUGAUUACUAAGUUGCAUUGCCUUAUUUCUUUAUUCCUUGUCUACAUAUGAAAGUUAAAAAACUUUCCAUUACGCUUAAUAUGAAAAUGAUUUAGUAUUUUUCCGUGCCCUAUUAAUUCAAGACUGAAGCCCAGUUCUUAACCAUUUUUUUCCUUUCCAAGUGAGCUCAUCUUAUUUAUAAGAUAAAUUAUUGUUCCUAUUACGAAGAUGUACUAUGUUUAUUGAUUUUUACAUCACCCAGAAUACCACCGUUCAAAAUAAUUAAGAUAUUGAAUUAAUUCAACCUAUCAUAUGUACUUGAUGGUUCUUUACAUUCAGUUGUCACGAUUAAGUAUAUUUUAUUUCUUUACAGUGUGCCAAUGAUCUAGUUUUUCAAUCUAAGCGAGAUUUUCAUAACCAUCAUGACUCUAAGCGCCUAUGUAUAUCGUCUAACGAGGGUCUUCAUCGUAUUUCUACUGUACUCCAUCCUGAACAUUCCAAUCGCUCUAGUUCCCCAUCUGAUUCAAAAAAUGUAACAAACGAUGGAUCAAAAAGCGAUCUAUCCUCGUCAAAGUAUUUAUGGAUAAGCAAUCUCCCUCAAGGUGUUCGAGCAGUAGAUAUUAAAGAAAUGUGUGCACCAUACGGAAAAGUUCAAACAAUAAAAAUAGUAGGCAGUAAAAAGAGUAAACCCCCAUCUAUUUACGCUUAUCUCAUUAUGGAGACUUCGGAGGCCGCAGUCCGUCUUAUAAAAGCCUUACAAGGUGUGAGGUUCUCUGGAAAUGAAUUGAAGAUAAAACAAGUAUGUACUGUCUUAAAUUUAGUAUUUGAUUUAUCCCUUUUUCAACACUAAUGGAACAUUCAUGAAUUCAUUGGUUAUCUUGACCAAACCUAAUAAUCAGUAUUAUGAUUGAGUCCGUUUCAUAUCAGGGGCCAUUAUGGAAUUUCUAAUAGUCCUUCAAAUCUUUUAAAACCAAUACAAAGAAUUCUGUCAAAGUUGUGAAAACUAUUUACAAAUCUGAUUAUACAUUAAGCCAAUCGGGACUCAAUGAAAAUUUUUCUGAGAUUGUACUAUUUCAGAUAGUCGCUAAAUUCGGUCCUUAGUGAAUGUUCGAAUAUAUCUCAAAAAGAAAAGUUUGUGGUGUAAAGUUUCUGUUGAUAAAAAACCUAUUGAAAGGGAAUUUUUCCAGUCUAUUCGUCACUUUACUAAAUGUCUAAAAGGAAAUUUUAACUAUACUGAGAUCUGAGCAAUAGUUUGGGUUAAAGGUUCUUAAUGCAUAUUUGAACUACACCUCAAGGCUCAGUGAAGCGAAAAUAAAUGUUUAUUUUAUAAGAGUGUGCGGAAACUAAUCUGCAUCAAAAGUAUAUUAGAAAUCUUUACUUCGAUUUAAAGUUCGAUAUAAUUGACUGACUCAAACGUUAUGCGCUAAAUCAAAUUGAUUCUCUAAAUUUAUAUAUUAAUGAAAUUUUUAAAAAAUGUCAAGAAAGUUGAUGCUAUUGAAGAACCUCCUGGUAACUUAAAGGAACGAUUUUUGAACCAUGUUAAGAUGAUGGUUUAUACAGGAAAAGUAAAACCUAAACAAACAGAUUCCAGAAAUAAAAUUCCCAUCUCGGUAUAUACGCAAUUUUUCCACUGUUAAUCUCAAUAAUAUUGAGUUAAAAGCGUUAUCAUUAGGGCCAAAGUUUUGUGACUUAAAAAACAGUUAGUAAAAUUGACGUUGAAAUUGAAAUUGAAAACCUUUAUGUCCAAACUGCAGUCAGUAAUUCCAUCAAAAGAUUAUUAUUUUAUUUUUAUUUUAACACAUAGAUAUUUGUACAAGGAGGCACCAAAUACAUAUGCACCACACAAAUCUCAUUUGAUUUCUAUAAGGGCUGUGAUACUCCCCGGGUGCCCAAACCGAAGCAGGUGGUUUUCUUAGGGGGCCACACCCGGAGCCUUCGACCUGAAGGUCUGAUCCACAAAACAGUGGAGUAUCGUCAGGAGAUGCAGUCUUAUGGAAGCCGGUGGCCAGCGAUUGGUUCUAAGGCCAUUUGUUCCUUCAGGGUACUGCAGUCCAUGUGCACCAUUGGCUUGGAAUUAGGGUUUUCCAACUCCUCUAGGUGGACUCUCCAUGUCCACCAACCCGGUUAAAGCACCGGACAUUCGCUUUUCGUCCUCUCAAUUUCGUAAACAACACCCGUGGUGCGAGAAGGCAGUGAGUAGAGGCUAUAUACGCGUGGCCAUGUGAGAGCAUUUCGAGAGGGAGAGCGGACUCUCCCCACUCUCGGCCGUACCAGGGCAUUUGGGGGCACCUAAAUGAUAAGCAUAAUUCGAAGAUGAUUUUGACAAAAAGUCACAAGCAAAGUUUACGGAAACAUGAAACUGGCGUCAAGUUUUUGAUCACGAAUCCAGACAAAGGUCAUGGUUUAUUGCUAAUGGAUAAAAGCGACUGUUUGAACAGAGUGAAGGCCGUUUUAAAUGAUAAGAGUAAAUUUCCGAAACCGGUAAUUAAGAGUAGUACGAUAAACAGGAUUGAAAGAUAACCAAUAGAAUUAUUGAAACAAAUUAAACAAAAAGGUUUUAUUUCAGAAAAGGUGUUGGGAAUGUUGAGACCUACAAAAGAAAUAACACCAAUAUUAUAUAAUCUGUCAAAAAUAUAUCGAGGUGACUUGUCCUGUUGUGGCUAAUUUCCUCUAUAUCUGACUCCAAUAAAUGAUAUCCCGUUAACUGAGUAUUUAAGGUAGGCUAAAUCUCCUAGUAGAAUUAUGGAUUUACUCGAGAUUAUUCAGAAGCCUGAACAUCAGUUGUGGAGAUAUUUUAUUAUUAAAGAUAAAUAAAAUCCUCAAGCGUACAGCGAGCAAGCACGCUGUGAAACCAAGAGCGUGUGUGUGUGUGUGUGUGUUAAAAAUCCAUAUAUAUUUUUGAGUGUCAAUCAAGUGUGGAUAAAUCAUUGAUUAUGUGUAUGUUACAACCAAUACUUACUUACUUACGCCUGUUACUCCCAAUGGAGCAUAGACCGCAGACCAGCAUUCUCCAACCCACUCUGUCCUGGGCCUUCUUUUCUAGUUCCAUCCAAUUCUUGUUCAUGUUUCUCAUAUCUAUUUCCAUCUCCCGGCGUAAUGUGUUCUUUGGUCUUCCUCUUUUCCUUUGGCCUUGAGGAUUCCAUGUGAGGGCUUGUCUUGUGACGCAGUUGGGUGCUUUUUUCAAUGUGUGUCCUAUCCACUUCCAGCGCUUCUUCCUGAUUUCUUCCUCCACUGGGAUCUGGUUUGUUCUCUCCAACAGUACGUUGUUGCUAAUAGUGUCCGGCCAACGGAUCCGAAGUAUUUUACGUAGACAACUGUCAAUAAACACCUAUGUCUUCUGGAUGAUGGCUUUCGUAGUUCUCCAGGUUUCUGCCCCAUACAGUAGAACUGUCUUGACAUUUGUAUUGGAAAUCCUGACCUUGGUGUUGGUAGACAGUUGCUUUGAGUUCCAGAUGUUCCUCAGUUGUAAAUAUGCUGCUCUUGCUUUGCCGAUCCGCGCCUUCACUUCUGCAUCAGAUCCACCCUGUUCAUCAAUGAUGCUGCCCAAAUAUGUAAAGGUUUUUACAUCUUCCAAAUCUUCUCCGUCAAUUGUGAUUGGAUUGGUGUAUUCUGUGUUGUAUCGGAGAAUCCUGCUUUUCCCUUUGUGUAUAUUGAGACCUAUUGCUGCUGAGGCUGCUGCCACACUGUUCGUCUUCUCCUGCAUCUGUUGUUGCGUUUGGGAUAGAAGGGCCAGAUCGUCUGCGAAGUCUAGAUCGUCCAACUACAUCCUAGAUGUCCAUUGUAUCCAAUGUUUCCCUUCAGACGUUGAAGUCUUCAUGAUCCAGUCGAUCACCAGGAGAAAGAGAAAAGGUGCGAGUAAGCAACCUUGCCUGACACCAGUAUUAACUUCGAACGACUCUGUCAACUGUCCUCCAUGCACGAUUUUACAGUGUAAUCCAUCAUAUGAAUUCUGUAUGAUAUUGACUAUCUUCUGAGGUACGCCGUAGUGUCGAAGAAGCUUCCAUAGUGUUGUUCUGUCCACGCUGUCAAAUGCUUUUUCGUAGUCAAUGAAGUUGAUGUGGAGUGAUGAGUUCCAUUCAAAUGAUUGUUCCACAAUCAUCCGUAGAGUUGCGAUUUGGUUUGUACACGAUCUAUCCUUACAUAAUCCUGCCUGUUGGUCACGAAGUUGGGCGUCUACGCAGCCCUUCAUCCUGUUUAACAAUACCCUGUUGAAGACUUUUCCCGGUAUUGAGAGAAGAGUGAUACCCCUGUAGUUAUCACAGUUGCUGAGAUCGCCUUUCUUCGGCAUUUUGAUCAGAAGUCCUUCUUUCCAGUCUUUUGGUACUUGUUCCUCAUCCCAAAUCUUAUUGAAAAGAAUGUGGAGUAUCCUUGCAGUUACCGCUACGUCUGCUUUUAGCGCCUCUUCUGGAAUGUUGUCCGGUCCUGCUGCUUUGCCACUCUUUAUUUGCCUGAUGGCCAUGCUGAUUUCUUCAAUUGUUGGUGGGCCAACAUCGAUUGGGAGGUCCGUGGGUGCAGUGGUUCUAAUUCUCUUUAUACCGAAAGUAUUUAUAAGUUGCUGAAAUAGUUUGCUUGCAAACUGAGUUCUACGGUCGGUCGUAAUUGUUGUAGGGACACCGAAGUUUGUAAUCCAGUGUUUCACCAGUUUCUUCACCACUGUUGAUGCCGACGUGUCUUUUAACGGAACAUCUAUAGGCCAUCUCGUAAAUCUAUCUAUACAUGUUAGUAUUUGCGUGCAACCAUUGGAAAUUGGUAACGGUCCAACGAUGUCGGCAUGAAUGUGGUCGAACCUAGCGCUAGCGGCGGGAAAAAUUCUUGUAGGAGAUAUGAUAUGUCUAUUUACCUUUGACUUCUGGCAUUGGAUACAUCCCCGUGACCAUUUUCGUACAUCUUUGUUUAUGUUUGGCCAUACAAACCUAUCUGUGAUAAGCUUUACAGUGGCUUUUAUACCUGGGUGAGAUAUGUUGUGUAGUUUAUCAAAAAUGUUUCGUCUCAUAUCAUUAGGUACAAAGGGGCGAGUUUUACCUGUUGAGAUAUCACAGGUUAAGGUGUCCUUGUUGUUUAUGGGGAUGUUCUGGAAUAAUAAUUUCGUUUCUUUACAUUGCAAAAGCUUUUGUAGCUCCUAUCGAGCUUUUGAUGUUUUGCCAUGUCUUGAUAGUUUAUAUCAGAGAUCGAGAAAGUAUUGAUAUUUAAUCUCGAUAGUGCGUCUACUGCAUCAUUUUCAUUGCCUUUUAUAUAGCGUAUAUCAGCUGCAACUUGUGAAAUGAAUUCUAGUUGACGAAUUUCGCGCGGACUGUAUUUAUCAUGAUUGUGCAUCAAGGACUUAGAGGUUUGUGAUCAGUAUAUAUCGUAAAAGAAUUACAUUCUAACAUAUACUGAAAGUGUUUGAUGGCUAAGUAGAUAACCAACAGUUCUCUACCGAAUGUGCUAUAUUUUGUCUGCGUUGCGUUUAGUCUUUUUGAGAAAAACGCAAGGGGUUGUCAUUGUUGAUUGACACGUUCCUGAAGUACAGCACCUACUGCUACAUUAGAAGCGUCGGUCAUUACUGCUAAAGGCGCAUCAACCUUUCGUUGUGCAAGUAAUGCCUCGGUGCUUAAGGCGCUUUUCAACCGUUCAAAUGCUUGAAUUGCUUGCGGUGUCAUUGCUAAUGAUUUAGCUCGUCCCCGUAAUAAAUCAGUUAGCAGUUUUGCUAUGUCUGCACAUUUCGGGAUAAAACGUCUUUAAAAGUUUAUCAUCCCAAGGAAACGUAGUUUCUCUAAUGAAUCAGGUAAAGGAUAAUUUUGAUAGCUUGUGUUUCCUCAGGAACUGGUUUGAUGUUUUGAUUAUCAAGUACGUGACCUAAAAAGGUGAAGAAUCGUUUUCCCAACUCACAUUUGUCAGGGUUGACUGCUAACCCAUACUCGUUUAGCUUCUCAAAAAGCAUUUUCAGGUGAGUUAGAUGUUCAUUUUCAUCUUUGCUUGCUAUAAGUAGGUCAUCUAUGUAAGCAUAUACAAACGGUAAGCCGCGUACCACUUGGUCGAUAAAACGCUGGAAACUUUGUGCAGCAUUCCUUAAUCUGAAAGGCAUGCGAACAAAUUCGUAUAGUCCAAAUGGGGGCAGUAAUGGCUGUUUUAGGAACAUCAUCCGGAUGAAUUGGAAUGUGAUGGUAAGCACGGACGAGAUCAACUUUUGAAAAAAUCGACACAUCCGAUAGGCUAUGAGUAAAGUCGUGUAAAUGUGGGAGAGGGUAUCUGUCUAGUAUGGUCUGGCUGUUGAGAGCUCUAUAGUCACCGCAAGGUCUGACUUCGGAAGAGUUUUUCUUGGGUACCAUAUGGAACGGUGAUGCCGACGGAUUAUCGGAGGGGCGUAUGAUACCCAACUCUAUCAUUUUGUUGAAUUCGUUCUUUGCGAUAGCCAGACGAGAGGGGUCAAGGCGUCUUGGACGUGCGAACACUGAUGGACUCUCUGUCUUUAUGUGAUGUACAACGGUAUGUGUCGGUUUGUCAUGUUUGAAACUCGGUCGUAAUAAGACUGGAAACUGAUUAAGUAAAUUGACGUAUUUGUCAUUCUCAUGAUGAGGUUUAACUAAUAAAUGUAUGGAAGUCUCAUUUGAUAUAAUUCUUCGGAUCUCAUUCCUCUGUUCGGCAAGGACAAGUUUCCUGUUUCUGACGUCUACCAGUAUUUUGUGGAGUUGCAGAAAAUCAAUGCCGAUUUAGGAACGAGGACGUCCGCUAUGAUGAAACUCCAUGAAAAAUUAGAUUUAGGAUUGAAAUUUAAUUGUAACCGCCUUUUGCCGUACGUCUUUAUGUCAGACCUGUUUGCUGCUUGUAGUUUUAGUUUGGGGUCAGGUGUGUUUUUCUCGAGUGUAGUGGGUGGUACUACACUAACCUCUGCCACUGUGUCGACUAAAAACAGUGUGCCCGUUCUUUUGUCUGUAACAUAUAACAGACGGCUGUCUUGAGAAUUGUGGCCAGUGACUGCAGUUGUCAUUAGCCGGCGGUCUUGGCGUUCCUUUUUCUAUGUGCUUGCAAAGUUACAAGGCGGAGUUCAUUUUUUAGAUUGUUUGCCGUACGUUCUAUGGUGUUAACAAAUGUUGUGUCUGGUAGUGCUUGGACUACGACGUCUACGGCUUCUGGAUGUUCCUCUACACUUACUGUGGGGAGUAUUCAAUAAUUGGAGCUGGGCUAUCUGUUUAGUAAGGGCAUCAACUGUUCGUCGUAACUCGGCGAUCUCGUCAGUUGAGCUUGAUUAUAUGUGAGAUACAGAGUGAGUCGUAGACCGCUCGUAAAUUCUGUCGGCUAUGUCUGCUAGCCUAUCAAAACCGACAUCUUCGUCUCCUAUCGCAAGUACCUGCUGGAUGUUUUGUGGUAGCAAUGAGUUUGCGUAACUAAAUUUCGUUCUCUGAUUUGUGAUUCUGUUUGCAACAAAAAAGCUUUCUAAGCGUGCAAACCAGAGUUCGGCCUUUCGCGGAUUUAGAUGAAAGGCUUAGCGAAUUAUCAAGUGCCAUAAUACGAUGAAGCAAAAAUAAUAAUAAGCUGAGGAUUGUGAUAUACAAUAUGAAAAAAUCAAAAAUAACAAAAAGAAAUAUAUAUGACUCACCGGAAAGAAAAACUGUCACUUUGGGUUUAAAUAUGCGAAUAUACGGCAAUAAUUCCAAAGGAACAAUGUUAUGGGUGGAUUUAUUAUGAUUGUCAAUGAAUUGUUAAUAAUUGUAAUAGUAAUUCCAAUGUGAAGUUCUUUGUGAUACGCUUGGAAAGUAUGCAGCAGACUUUGUAGAGAAAUGGUGCGUGUUCUAAAAGUGGUUCACCAAAUGUUGUGGCUAAUUUCCUCUAUAUCUGACUCCAAUAAAUGAUAUCCCGUUAACUGAGUAUUUAAGGUAGGCUAAAUCUCCUAGUAGAAUUAUGGAUUUACUCGAGAUUAUUCAGAAGCCUGAACAUCAGUUGUGGAGAUAUUUUAUUAUUAAAGAUAAAUAAAAUCCUCAAGCGUACAGCGAGCAAGCACGCUGUGAAACCAAGAGCGUGUGUGUGUGUGUGUGUGUGUGUUAAAAAUCCAUAUAUAUUUUUGAGUGUCAAUCAAGUGUGGAUAAAUCAUUGAUUAUGUGUAUGUUACAACCAAUAGGAGAAUAGAUUAAGAUUGAUGUGCAGACACGCGCUCAAUCACACACACACAGAAAUUAAAAUAGUGAAUUAAGCGUCUGAAUUACACUGAGUAGACAAAUAAUACACUAGUUGAAUGGGCUUGCUACAGUCCCUUCUGUCCGUUUUAAAUAUAAGUAAUUCAGUCUGUAAGUACAGUAAAAUUGUUAGUGCAAAUUCUCGAACCGUUGCACAACGAAAUUGUUAAUCAUAGUGUCAUGGACUCCUUCAAAUUUGUUGUUAUACAGGGCGUGCAAUUCGGCAAGUCUGUCAUCGUAUAGCAGAACACCAUCCUCCUUAAUUGAGCAAAGGACAGGUGAGAGUGGUUAAGAGUUCUGUUCUCGCUCACUUGGUGGACACAACAUCAAGUUGACUUGAAUAAAGCUUUUGAGGUUAUGCACCAUAUCCCAUCUAAUUAACCACAUGAUUUACGAGUUCGUCUGUUACAUACUGCUGAAUCUAUCGGAAUCCAUGUUCGUAAAUCUUACCUUUGCAUCCAAAAGAAGUCUGUACAACCACUCUCGCUACCUUUUCCAUCGUCAAAGGAGCGAGUUUUUAGCCGAACUUGAAUUAAACACUUAUUUCAAAGGUAUUCAAGCAAUUUUUUAGUUUCUUUCAUUUUCAUGUUGAAUAUUCUCAAUAUCCGUCUAUUGAUUCCUACAUAACUACUGCAAAAUUGACUUUUUGUUAAAUAUUUCCCAUGUCUCUGGUUCAUUGCAUUUCUGAUAAGUGCUCUGAAUAUAUUCAAUGUUUAAAUUUCGUUCGACCCCUGUAUUUAUUUAUCUGAACACAUGUUGGUACCAAUGGGCACGAAAACAAUGUGCCACAUAAUAAGAAGACGGGAUUGGGAAGAAAUAGAGGAAGGAGAGUAUGAUCCAAGACAAAAAAUGAGUGAAACAGUUUAGUUGAUAGUACAACCGAUGAGAAUACUUUGUCAAAAAGUUCCUUUUCGAAAGAAAAUUACAUCAGAAUCUUUAUCGGUUCUUGUCCUAACACAUGUUUGAUAACAUCUCAAGCCACUGAGUAGCACUAUCUCUCUGACCCCAACCAAGCAGUCGUUAUCGUCAGUUAAUUGCCAGUUUUAUAUAGCUUUCUCACAUACUCGGCUCCGUGUUAUGAUCUGGCCACCUCUUCAAUUUUAGUAACUAAUCCCAAUACCAGUAUAUAAUGCACUAUAUGGAGGUCUAAGGGAUGACAUAUAAUAUACGUAAGCCACCGAAACUGGUGUUUGAAGAUCGUCAACGUACCCGAACACACUGCCGGAUCUGCACCUUACGUAAUUUUGCCACUGAACGUCAUCUAUCCUUUCGAGAUGAUAAUUGAACACAGUCAUCUAACAUUCCUAACUUGGAGGACGCCAGGUUUCAUUAACGAACUGCUCUCACCGAUGUGUUGUACACUGAAUUUUUUACAACCAAACCAACUGUACGACGGCAUCAAAUAUGGCCCAGAUUGGCAUAAGUCGCUCUGGAUUUUACUAGACUUAGAUUGGUCCGAUUCAUCAAGUAAUCUUUUUUUUUCUCUCUCUCUCUCUCUCUC